ACAGUGUUCCGAGCUCCUGGCUGUACCUCCUCUUAUUUCCCGAGGACUAUGAGACUCCUGCUUCUGGCUCUUCCUACACUUGCACUCCUACCCCAAGUGAUUCCAGACUAUGGUGGUGGAAAAAAAUGCUGGAACAAAGCAGGUAACUGCAGGAAAAAAUGCGAAGAUGGAGAAGUAAUCAAAGAAAUGUGUAACAGCCGUCGCAUCUGCUGCAUUCCAGGCAAUAAGAGCCAGUGGCAAGUUCCUAAGACAACUCCCACCCCCUCAUAUGAUUCAACAUCAAUACUUUUUGAUGUAAUUUUAACAAUACCAUCCACUACAUACUACUUUGAUGAGAAAAGCAGUAAAGUCACGAUUAAUGAUUUUGAGGUGGUACCUGGAAUGCAGAUCUCGCCUGAGGCUCAGGACGUUCUCUCGGAUCUCACCCUGAAUCCCACGGUCAACGAAAUCAUAUAG